UCGGAUGCGAGAGUAUAAAUCCGUCAUUUAAAGUGAGGUUUGCCGAUUUCGCCGGCAAGUGAAUGCAGUCCUUGUAAUACAAGAUGGAAAUAACUGAAAAUAAUUUGAGCACGCUCGCCUCGUACCUCCAGCAAACGCUUCAGGUCGACGUGACGACUCGUCGCAAUGCGGAGAAAUUUCUGGAAACGAUAGAGGUGAACCAAAAUUACCCUGUCUUGUUGCUGCACCUCGUGGACAAAGCUGACAUCGACAUGGUGGUUCGUGUGGCCGGUGCGAUUGCGUUCAAGAAUUACGUGAAGCGUCACUGGGCGGUUUCCGAGGACGGCGCCGACCGAGUGCACCCUAGCGACCGCGCUGCCGUCAAGGAGAUGAUCGUCGGUCUGAUGCUGCGCAGCCCCGAGCAACUGCAGAAACAACUCAGCGAUGCCGUCAGCAUCAUCGGCCGUGAAGACUUCCCAGCCCGCUGGCCGAACCUACUGCCGGAGAUGAUCAGCCAUUUCCAGAGCGGCGAAUUCCACAUUAUCAACGGGGUGCUGCGAACUGCUCAUUCUCUCUUCAAGCGCUACCGUUACGAGUUCAAGUCGCAAGAGUUGUGGACCGAAAUCAAACACGUCUUGGACAACUUUGCAAAGCCGUUUACCGACCUGUUUGUGGCUACCAUGGAGCUGGCCAACACUCAUGCCAACAACCCGACUGCGCUCAAGGUCAUAUUCAGCUCCUUGGUGCUCAUAGCGAAAGUCUUCUACAGCCUUAAUUAUCAAGACCUGCCAGAAAUAUUUGAAGACAACAUGAAUAUAUGGAUGUCACACUUUCUUACUCUUCUUACGGCUGACAACAAGGUGCUGCAGACUGAUGAGGAUGAAGAAGCGGGGCUGCUGGAACAGCUGAAGUCCCAGAUAUGUGACAAUGUUGGCCUCUAUGCCCAGAAGUAUGACGAAGAAUUCCAGACAUAUCUGCCGGGCUUCGUAACCGCUGUUUGGCACCUUCUGACGACAACUGGGCCGCAGGCCAAGUAUGACAUUCUCGUCAGCAAUGCGAUCCACUUUCUUUCUGCCGUUGCUGAGAGGCCCCACUACAAGCAACUGUUUGAAGAUGCCAGUGUUCUUGGUUCUAUCUGCGAAAAAGUGAUCAUCCCAAACAUGGAGUUCCGCACCACUGAUGAAGAGCUCUUUGAAGAUAAUCCAGAAGAAUAUGUUCGCAAAGAUAUCGAAGGGUCGGACAUUGACACACGGCGGCGUGCUGCUUGUGACUUAGUUCGUGCUUUGUCCAAACACUUUGAACAGAAGAUUACUGAAACAUUCUCUCAGUAUAUCACGGCAAUGUUGCAACAAUUUGCUAAAGACCCAGCUCAAAACUGGAAGAACAAGGACGUCGCUAUUUAUCUUGUUACCUCAAUGGCUGUCAAGGCACAAACAGCAAAACUGGGUACAACACAGACCAGCUCACUUGUAAAUGUGGUCGACUUCUACCGAGAGUUCAUUGCCCCUGACCUUCAUAAUGAGAACCUGACCGAGUUUCCAGUACUGAAAGCUGAUGCAAUCAAGUACUUAAUGGUGUUCCGAAAUCAGCUGCCUAAGCACAUGAUUCUUCAGAGCCUGCCGCAUGUGGUCCACCUAUUGCUUGCACCGAGUUAUGUGGUCCACACAUACGCUGCCAGUGCUGUUGACAAGUUUUUCACCAUGAAAGACCCACAAGGGAAGGCCGUAAUCGCUGCUGCUGAUGUGGGGCAAAUCUCGGAGCAGCUAUUGAAAAACCUUUUCCAGUCUUUUGCUCAUCCAGGCUCCGCAGAGAAUGAGUACAUAAUGAAAGCGAUGAUGCGCACCUUCUCUCUUCUGCAGGAAAAUGUGUUGCCCUACCUGAGUCAACUGCUUCCUCUGCUUACAGGCAAGCUUGUGCAGGCCAGCAAGAACCCCUCAAAACCACAUUUCAACCACUUCCUCUUUGAGACACUCAGUCUGUCUAUAAGGAUUGCCUGUGGGAAAGACCCAUCGGCAGUGGCAGGCUUUGAGAGCAGCCUGUUUCCAGUGUUCCAGGAUAUUCUUCAACAGGAUGUCCAGGAAUUUGUGCCCUAUAUUUUCCAGCUGCUAUCUCUCAUGCUGGAAUGUCACAGUUCACCCGUGCCUGAUCCGUACAUGGCACUGUUCCCCUGCUUGCUAGCUCCAGUACUGUGGGAACGGCCGGGAAAUAUCCACCCGCUGGUUCGUCUGCUGCAGGCCUUCAUCGAGCGAGGUGCUGCACAAAUCUUGGCUGCUGAUCGUCUGAUGGGUCUAUUGGGUGUCUUUCAGAAGCUUAUAGCCUCCAAGUCCAACGAUCAUGAAGGAUUCUACAUUGUGCAAAGCAUUUUGGAGCACAUGAGCCCAGAUGCAGUAAGCCAGUACAUAAAGCAAAUUUUUUUAUUGCUCUUUCAGCGACUUCAGAGCUCUAAAACGACCAAAUUUGUGCGAGGCCUGCUCGUCUUCUUUAGCUUGUACGCGUACCGAUAUGGCGCACCUGCUCUCAUCUCCACUGUAGACAGCAUCCAAACUAAGAUGUUUGGCAUGGUCCUAGAGAGGCUCGUCAUUGCCGAUGUACAGAAAGUCACAGGCCAGUUGGAACGAAAAAUCUGUGCUGUAGGCAUCACCAAGCUUCUUACCGAGGCCCCUGCCCUCAUCGAAGGGGAGUACUCACAAUUUUGGGGCCCUCUUCUACAAGCCCUGAUUGACCUCUUUGAACUGCCUGAAGAUGACAGUGUGCCAGACGAUGAACACUUUGUAGAAAUUGAGGACACUCCGGGAUACCAGACGGCUUACUCGCAGCUUAUUUUUGCUGGGAAGAAGGAGCACGACCCCUUCCAGGGAAACAUCCCGGACGCACGUUUGCAUCUUGUGCGGAGCCUGCAGAAACUCUCGGCUGCCUGUCCCGGUCGUUUGGGGCCCCUUAUCAGCAGCUCACUGCAGCCAGCGGCCAACAACUUUCUGCAGCGCUACUUUCAGAUGGCCAACGUACAGCUCAUGUGAGAGCUGGCCUUUCCAUGAUCUGUGUGGCUUCUGCACAAGAAUCGAACUGAAGCUGUCAGCUGCAAUGUGACCUUUUGGCAUGGACUGAGGCUUAGCAAGUUUUGCCAAAGUGCUUACAGUCCCAAAGCAGAAUAUGUGAAGCCAGAUUUUCACUUGUGGACGUUUGUAACACAGUGCACUUCAAUCGGCUUGACUGCUGUUAAUAAUGUAAGGGCUUUAGUUUUUUUUUCUUCUGUGUGAAAUAGAGAAUGUUCAUACACUUUCCA